GGACUAUUGAUCAUCUUUUUAUCCUCUUCCAAUUUUUGUUGGAUUUUGUUCUUAGAAAAGCACUUAUAGGGGUUAGUUUUGGAUUUUCUUAUUUCCAUGAAUAACUUUCAAAGCAAAGAUUAUUGGAAAGUUUUCUUAGAAAAUCUUUGCAUUGCCAGACUAUUUUUUGAAUUUGGGUUCUCUUCCCUCUCAAAAAAAAAAUAAUUACAGAAUCAUAGAUCUAGAGUUGAAAGGAUUUUUUUAAGGGUCAUAUAGUAUAAGACUUCAGGAAACAGACCCAUUAAUGUCACAAGAGAGUAAAUGUUAGCAGCAAGAUCAGAACAUAGCUACUCUGAUUCCAGGUGAAAGAUGACACAAUGGAGCACUGAGCCUUAAAUCAGGAAGAUAUGAGUUCAAAUUCAGAUUUCAAAAUUUUUAUUUUUUUUCUUUAAAUAUCAUGACAAAUUUGUUUCUAUAUUGAUUAAAUCAGCAAGGAUUUUUUUUUUUGUUUGUUUUGUUUUGUUAAGGAAUGAUAAGAAGGGAUAAAUCCUAGCCCCAUUUCCACAAAACAUGGAAUGUGUUUUGACUGUUUUCCUUCAUUUAACCCUUCCUUUUAAGCAAACGUUGUUCACACUUUUAUACUUUUCCUUGACAUGGUGGAUAGAGCACUGGACUUGGAGUCAGGAAAACCUGAAUUGAAAUAGGGCCUCAGCCACUUAUUUACUAACUGUGUGACCUUGAGCAAGUCACUUAACCUUCUUUCCCUCAGUCAGACACAACCACUAUUUUUACCUCCCUCUGACUCUCUCUCCCUUUCUCAUCUGAAGGACCUGAUCAUGCAUGCUUACAUAAAGAACAAUCCAAAUUAGGGCAUCCUAUUCUUAAGAUAUAGUUGCAGUUGUGGUGAUGUAUUGUCUAUAGAUUCUUUAAAAUCCUGGGAUCACAAGUUUAGAGCUGUCAAGGAUCUUAGAAUUCAUUUAAUCCAAUUAUUUGGAUUUUAAUCCAACUAAAAAUUCAUUUUGCAAAUGAGGACACUGUGGCCCAGGGAGGUAGUGAUUCACCCAGAAUCGCAUAGGUAAUAAGAAGUAGAGCUAAAAUUCAAAUAGAGGUCCUUCAGUUCCAGAACCUUCCAUUUCCACUGCAUCUUGCUGACUGGAUGGGUUAUACAAAAUCCACUUUUUUUUUUAACAUGUCUGAUUAAAAUCCCUUUAGUAUCAUCUGUACUCUAUAUUUCACUGAUUAUUAUUUGUUUGGAAAAUUUUUAUUCUCUAUAUUUUUGGAAUUUUCCCCCUUUUAAUUUCGUUCCUUCAUUAAAUGAUAUAUCUAGGUUUUCUUACUAUUGGACUAUCCUGAACUACCAGCAAUUUUGCUUUAAGAUCUCUGGCAAUCAUAAUGAGGAUUUAUGUGUAACUUGCAUAGUAGAGCUAAGAAGAACCAUAGCAACCCCCAAUGAGUUCUCUGUGAUAUACAUGAUUAGGACAUACCGCAGGAAUUAAUAAUUCUUAGGACACUCUUCUAAAUUGUUACCACAUUGUUCUUGCAAGGAAGUUGCUUCAUUUAUGUACACAACAGAACAAAGAGAGCUGCCUUCUGAGUAGGCAUUUCUUAAGAAAGCCACCUCUAUUUCCCUGCCCCCCCAAACCUCCACAAAACCCCACAAAGGAUUUAUCCUAUUUAAUAUGCAUUUUGGGAUUAAGGAACAAGAUAUAGAAUCAUUUAACUCAUUAUAUUUGGUUUCCCAAAGUGCCUCCUCCCCAAUUUUCUUUGGCAUCUGAAAGUUUAAUAUAUUCAAAAGAUCAAUCUUUUAAAAAUAUACCAUGGAUAAAAACAUCUUUUCUUAAGCUAACAAACUUAUAAACAAAUUUAAUAAACAUUGCCCCAAAGUAAGUAUUCCUCAAGCAUAGGCUGUAUAGUAUGGAAGAAAUUUUCUUUCACAGUUCCCAAUAUUUAACUGGAACUUACAAGAUAUUGCUAGAAGGAUAGGUUUUAAUAGGUCGAGGCUGAAACAGCCAAAGUGUAUUAAGGUGGACUGCUAUACGCUUCGAUUCUACGCGAAUCCCUGAAAGGCUCAGCGCUGUUUUUCGAGCAGGAGGGGCUGGGCGGGUAGCUAUACAUGAUUGAGGUCAUGCGCAUCCAGCCAAUUUGUAAGACGAUCCCUCCCGCACUAAGCUGUCGGCAGUCCUUAGCAUAGGGGCACACUCAGGCAUUCCUGUCAAGUCAUCUUGUGAAAGGCUGCCUGCUUCCAGCUUGGCUGGAAAGCGGAACCUUAAUAAAACUCACUGAGGUCGGAGGGAAAAUAGCAGUUCGGCUGCAGAUAGGGUAGAGGCAAGGGGCUAGGAUGUGUACAUGCUGCUGACUACAACAGACUGCGUGCCGAACUGUUACACAGAAAGGAAACAAUAAAUCUCCGCUACUAUGCAAUAAAUAUCUCAACUUUUAAGGAAGGGAACUAUCAUUCCAGUGAAAUAAAUUUUUUAAAGUUUUUUUUUUUUUUUUUUUUAAGCUAAAGCUACCAAAUGAAUCGUUUUCUAGGAUUCUUCUUCUAGGGCUGACUUAAAAAACAAAAGAAAACAAACAAACAAACAAAAAACAACUAAAAACAAUUUUUAACGUGCAAUAAAAAACUUACUGAGUAAAGGGCGAAGGAAAAAGUGACGGGGGAAUAGGUUUAAAAAAAAAAAAAAGUUGUACAGAGGCAGACCAGAAAGGUGCUGAUACCAUGACAGUUUUCCUUUCCUUUGCUUUCUUGGCUGCUAUUCUAACUCACAUAGGGUGCAGUAAUCAAAGGCGAAGCCCGGACAGCAGCGGGCGAAGAUACAAUCGGAUUCAGCACGGACAGUGCGCCUACACCUUCAUUCUGCCUGAACAGGACACCAACUGCCGGGAGAGCACCACAGACCAGUACAACACCAACGCGCUGCAGAGAGAUGCUCCUCUCAUGGAACCGGAUUUCUCUUCUCAGAAACUGCAACAUCUGGAACAUGUGAUGGAAAACUAUACUCAGUGGCUGCAAAAACUUGAAAAUUACAUUGUGGAAAAUAUGAAGUCGGAGAUGGCUCAACUACAACAGAAUGCUGUUCAGAAUCAUACGGCCACCAUGCUUGAGAUAGGAACCAGCCUUCUUAGUCAGACAGCAGAGCAGACAAGAAAACUUACAGAUGUUGAGACACAGGUUCUAAACCAAACAUCUCGACUUGAAAUUCAACUGCUGGAGAAUUCAUUAUCAACUUACAAGCUAGAGAAACAACUGCUUCAACAGACACAUGAAAUCCUAAAAAUUCACGAGAAAAACAGUUUAUUAGAGCAUAAAAUCCUAGAAAUGGAAGAAAGACACAAAGAAGAGUUGGACACUUUAAAGGAAGAGAAGGAGAACUUGCAAAGCCUGGUUACGCGUCAGACAUAUAUAAUCCAGGAAUUGGAGAAACAGUUAAACAGGGCAACCAGUAACAACAGUGUCCUUCAAAAACAACAGUUGGAGUUGAUGGACACAGUUCACAACCUCGUCAAUCUUUGUACUAAAGAAGGUGUUUUACUUAAGAGUGCAAAAAGAGAGGAGGACAAACCAUUUAGAGACUGUGCAGAUGUGUAUCAAGCUGGUUUUAAUAAAAGUGGAAUCUACACUAUUUAUAUUAAUAACGUGCCAGAGCCCAAAAAGGUAUUUUGCAAUAUGGAGCUUACAGGAGGAGGAUGGACAGUAAUACAACAUCGUGAAGAUGGGAGUCUGGAUUUUCAAAGAGGUUGGAAAGAAUAUAAAAUGGGUUUUGGUAAUCCAUCUGGUGAAUACUGGCUGGGAAAUGAGUUUAUCUUUGCAAUUACCAGUCAGAGGCAAUAUUCUCUAAGAAUUGAGUUAAUGGACUGGGAAGGAAACCGAGCAUAUUCACUGUAUGACAGAUUUCACAUAGGCAAUGAAAAACAAAAUUAUAGGUUGUAUUUAAAGGGCCACAGUGGGACAGCAGGAAAACAGAGUAGUCUGAUCUUACAUGGUGCUGAUUUUAGCACAAAAGAUGCUGAUAAUGACAACUGUAUGUGCAAAUGUGCCAUCAUGCUAACAGGAGGCUGGUGGUUUGAUGCCUGUGGCCCAUCCAAUCUCAAUGGGAUGUUCUAUACAGCUGGGCAGAAUCAUGGAAAGCUGAAUGGAAUCAAAUGGCAUUACUUCAAAGGCCCCAGCUAUUCCUUACGAUCCACAACAAUGAUGAUCCGACCCUCUGACUUCUGAAAGCACCCCAUCAAAAGUCAUCUGAAGUCAACCAACAGAUAUAUCGAGCUAAACUACUACCAGAAGAGACUUCUUGUGCUAGCAGCCAAAAGCAAAUAGUCUCAACUUCCUUCCACCUGCGUAGUAGUAACAUGGAAGCCCAGUUUUUCCUCUCUUUUGGUUUCAAGGCCUGAUAAAAUUCAUCAAAGUCUCCCCUUGAGCUUCUGAGCCUAGAUUUUUGGGGGAGCUAAAAGGAAUGUGCUUCACCCUUCCAUUUGACAAAAAAAGAAAUUAGUUCACUUUCUGGGUUUCAUCUGCUACAUCUGGAGCUCACCUUGAAAUCCUGAGGAUCAGAUCACCCAUGCAUUUUCUUUGAUUGGAAAAAAAGGCCAAUUAAAAAGGAGAGUAUUGAUUUCAGGAAUCAAACAACAAAAAUCAACUCACCAUUAUCCCUCAGGGGAAAAAUAAAUGUAUUUCACCCAUGAAGUGGCAUUGCAUCUAUGCAAAGUAUGACAAAGAAAGCUUUGGUUCUUGCACAGCUUAAAUGAAUAUCCAGGAGGAAUAUUCAGAUCUUUGUUUUCUGAAUGGAUGGAUGGAUUUCUGCAGCCAGAAUCACAUAUCACACUUAAUAGUUAUUCUUAGUUAAAACAUCUUCAAAUGUUAAAUUUAUUUCACCUGGGGAAACACAAUAAAUCAUAGUAAAUGAACAAUGUUAACAGCAGUAGAUGGAAAAUCUUCAAUUCUUUCUGCUUUUAGGGCAAAGUCCACUGCUAAUAGGCAUGAUCUUCCAAGUAGGAUUGUUAAUAUGAGAAGCAAAUUUGUUUUCCUGUUGUUGCUGUUUUUUCCUCUCUCUAAUGUUGAAGCUUUUGUCCAUAUUAAAAGCAGACUGAAUGUCUUAUUGGAAGAGUCUGAGGAAAGUUUAAAGUAUGUGAACUUUACCAUGGAAAAUUGUCGUUUUGCAAAUUUAAUGAUGGCAUCUACUCUUUUUCAUUUGACAGUAUAUGAAAAAGCGGCAUUUGUGUGUGUAUUAAACAUAGUUUAACUGGAGCAGCUCAUUUUAUCAUAUUUUUUUUUGCAUGUGCACUCUUAAAAGUGUUACUUCAUUAUGUUAAAACAUUUUCCUGAUCUCCAAUGCUUCACUGCAGAUAAAAGUUUUGCAUUAACUGAAACAGGUUUACAAAGUCCACCUUUUCCCACGUUUCUAUGAGAAAACCACUUUUUAGUCUAAGACAAAUAAAAGAAUAAAUAUUGUUAUGAAAUGUAUAUAUAGUAUGUUUAUAUUCAUGGUAAAAAGUACAGAACACGUAACUUGGCCAUGCCAUUUUCAGAUAAAUUAAUGAAAAUAAACAUCUAUCUGCAAAAAGUAUUAGCUGUUCCUUAAGAUGUAAUGAAUCUGCAUUUGGUUUUCCAGUAAUGUCUCUGCCAUAUGAAGCCAUCUCUGACAUAUUAAAAAGCAUUAUUUUGUGAAAAGAAUCUUCAUAUGCUGUGUACACACAAACAUACAUCUAUAUAAGAGAUAAAGGGGAAUAGAAAGACAUAUCCACACAUGUAAACAUAGGGAUGGGCUGGUGAAAGAAACACAUAUACCAACAUACAUGGGUGUGGGAUGGGAAGAGAAUAGAAUACAUUCUUGAAGAAAGUUGUACCUUUGUUGGAAAAAGUCACAUAGUUAAUCAACCCAAAGAUUAUAAUUACUAUUGUAAAUAAAAACUUUUGGUUAAAAUAUUCCUGAUAGAUCUCCCAUGUUGAAAUUACUUUCAUCCAAUUCAUACUUAUACGAAUCAAGAAAAAUGAAUGUGUGGUAGGGAGCUUUUCUUCUCAAAGUUGAUAUGUUGUUUUUCUCAAAAGACCCCAAAUGAUCCAGUUUUGAGUUUAAGGAAAUGGAAUUUUACUCACUGACUCAUCUUGCCUUAGCUGAUUUUUUCCACUCAGAAAAAACAAAGUUGCAAUGUUUUGAAACAUUUUUUUUCUAUUCAUAUAUGAUGCCACUGGUUUUGUGUGAGAGCUGAAUCAGUGUUUGUCAAAGGACAGGUUUUAUUUUAAUGUAUCCAGGGACAGCUCUAAAACCAUGCUGUCUAAUGACUUUGAUUGGUCGCCGUUUACAGAUUAUAUUACUUAGCUUUCCCAUGUUUUGUGGUUACUUCACACUUCUUCCAUCACACUUUCUAGAAAUCUUCGAUAGUCUUCGUUUUUGUGAAACAGGAUGGGAAUGGAGAAAAGCCUGUGAGUUUGCUUCCCUUGUGUUCCUAAUGAAUAUGUGAGUGUGUAUGUGUGUUUUGUGAAUGUAUGUGUAUGCAUGUGUGUAUAUAUUCAAGCCAUGAAUAAAAUAUAGCAUCCUCCCAACUCGCUGCAAAAACAAAACAAGAGUUUAUUUAUCUGGGUUUGAAAAUGGAAUAUGGUUUUUGAUUUUUCAUAAUAAAAACAUUUUUAAAUGGU